CAAUCUUCACGUUGAAGAGACAAUUAAUUUUCAGAAAAAUUAAAAUGUAACAAGGAAAAAAAAUAAUAAAUUUAAGAUGUAAUCGUUACGUUAUAAAAAUCCCGAGAUGGCCGAAAAUAAUGUUGACAACAUCCUGACGCGCCUUGACGAGAUCGAAAAGUUACAAACAGAACUUCGGCAUUUAGUACCGCGGGUCACGUCGUCCAGACACCUACAGAAUGUAUCUCGUGAUUCACCCGCGUCGAAUCGGUUCCCAUCUCUCUUCACGUUUCCCGCAAUUUCGAACUUUACAUCAACCCCGAAAAACGAACGUGUGCAAAAGUCAGCCGCGCGGUUGAACCUCAACAGCAAUUCGUCGAGCGGCAACCGACAUUCGACGGUAAAUUUGAAAAAUACAGGAGGAUCUCAGAGUAGAACAAGGGAAGCAAAUAUUUUUAAAAAUCUAUUGAGAAGCAGUAACAACAUCACCAGCUCACACAUGAGAAAUUCUUCGACUUCAACCUCUGUAGCGAAUUCGACGAUGUCGCGUAGGACCAAUAUCGCAAAUCGAAUGGCUAGGGAUCCACAAGAAGCAAUUAACAAGAGAUUGAACCGCGAAACAUCGAAGACUAUAGCCAGAGAUAAAACGCCGCAACGAGCAACUGGCGAGAGAUCCAAUGUGCAGUUAUCCAGGAAUAAAAAUGUGAACUCAAAUAUCAGACAUUCAGGUUCAUGAGUCAGAAGCUACAGAAUCAAGAGGCACACAUCCAAGAAAUCGAUAUUAUGAAAGAAAUUGCACUUUUAUCGAACGAUUUAUGGAGAAACUGAACUACUGUUUUAUAAACAAUAAAAGAGUGACCAUCCCAUAUCAUCAUCCAGGGAACAGAACACCCAGAAGAAUGCAGAUACCACAUACACCAACAAUUAAAGGGAAAGAAACUCCGCGAUUACACGAGUCUGAGGCGAAAAUGUUUAUCAAUUAAAAAUACUUGAAAGAGUCAAUUAACAAUAUGAAAUAAUA